UGGAAAUUGUGGGAAACCAUUUUGAAGACAAAAUAAAUUUUUGCCCACCUCAAAUGGAAUCGCAUCUUAUUUUAUCAUUUCAUUUGGAUAUUUCUGGAAAUAUUUUACAUCAAUAAGCACAAAAAAGGAACAAUGACAUCUUUCAUGACCACAACUGGAUUAUCUCCUCCCUCCCAUCAAGAUGUUUUGGAAUCAAGUGCUCGACUUAUUGACAAGCAGUUACAAGAUGAUAGAAACUGCUUGGAGUUAUCAGAUCAAUUAAAAGUCCCCGUUCAUAAUCAGCCAAGUCACAGUGGACUAAAUGAGUUUGACUAUCCAAGUUUACCUGAUGCAGGAGUAGCUUUAGAUUGUCUGACAGAAGUAAGCAAUGUUAAAAGAGUGCCAUUACCUGCUGAAUUGGUAGAACAGUUUGGUCGAAUGCAGUGUAAUUGUAUGAUGGGUUUGUUUCCAGACAUCAGUAGAGCAUGGCUAACUAUAGAUAGUGAUAUAUUUGUGUGGAAGUAUGAAGAUGGAACUGAUAUAGCAUAUUUUGAUGGACUAAAUGAAACUAUUUUGUCAGUUGCACUUGUAAGACCUAAACAAGGUAUAUUCCAGCCACAUAUACAAUAUUUAUUAUGUCUGGCUACUCCAGUAGAUAUCGUUCUAUUAGGUGUCACCUUUACUAGACCAUUUGAUGGAGCCUCAGGUGGUGGAGAUAUGCACUUGUUACCAGAAUAUCUAUUUUCAAUACCAACAGACAAUACAUUUAUGAUGAACAUCAUAGGAACUGACAAUGGCAGAAUAUUUAUGGCAGGGAAAGAUGGAUGUUUGUAUGAAAUUGUAUAUCAGGCUGAUGAUGGUUGGUUCAGCAGAAAAUGUAGGAAGAUCAACCAUUCUACCAGUACUUUAUCCUUUCUUGUUCCUUCCUUCCUUAACUUUUCAUUCAGUGAAGAUGAUCCUCUUGUCCAACUGUGUAUUGACAAAUCAAGAAAUAUUCUGUAUGCUAGAACAGAGAAAGGAACAAUUCAAGUGUUUGACCUUGGACAGGAUGGUAAAAGCAUUGGCAAGGUCACAUCUGUACCAUUAGCGACAAUAGUACAUAAUGCUUCACAUGUAGCCAGAACAAUAGAAAGAUCAAAUUUCAAACCAAUUGUCCACAUUAGUGCUAUUUCACAGUCUGAAUCUUCUAAUAUCCAUCUUGUAGCAAUUACAAAAACAGGAGUCCGUCUGUAUUUUACAACAAAUCUAUUUGGCAGCAAUAAAGGGAGACCAUCUAUGUUGACUUUGGUGCAUGUAAGAUUACCUCCAGGAUUUUCUGCAACAUCAAGAGUGCAAAAACCACAGAAUGUUCAUAUGGCUUACUACAAAAAAGGCUCCUUAUUAUUAGUAUCGUCACAAACAGAAGACAGUGAUUUGUUAUGGACAAUGAGUCCAGAUUCUUUUCCUUUUCAAAGUCAGUUGAUGGAAGCUCAGACAACAACAGGUAUUGAUGGGAAGACAUGGGCAUUAUGUGAAGAGACAUCAGAAAACUAUGUAUCAGGAGCAAGCAAAGCUGAUCCUCCAGCCAUAGUCACUCAACACAGUGAUUUACCCAGGAAGUUCAUACUACUUAGUGCUCAGGGAAGUCAUAUAUUAACAAAAUUACGACCUGUUGACCAGUUACGAAUGUUAUUGAUUGAAUAUCAGGGACCAGAUGCUGAGGAAGUCAAAGGUUUCUUCAGAUUACACAAGAUAGAGCAAGCAUGUGCAACCUGUUUGAUAUUAGCUUGUUCCAGAAUAGCUGCUGAUCAACAGGUUUCAAACUGGGCAACAAUGGCAUUUUUUAUGUAUGGUGGAGAUGCCCAGUACAAUUUAAAUCCUACUGGUAUGGGUGACAGAGGACUAAUGGCCAGUAAUAUUGGUCCAGGUCUCCAUCCAAGUCAGACCUCCACACCAGCUCCUGGAAUGGGACCCGGUGGCAUGCAUUAUCAUCAUCAGUUCAAUCCAACUCAGAAUAUAACACAUGACAUUGUCUUCUCAGGAAAACAUAAUGGAAUAUGUCUGUAUCUCUCCAGAAUUCUCAGAUCUGUAUGGGAUAGUAACGUUGCUUCAGAUUUUCCCUGCCAAACGCAACAAGGAAUUGUUAAUUUAAUGAAUUGCAAUUUAUCAAAUGUCAUAUUGACAGAGAUAUUGGAGAAUGUGCGAGGAUUGUCCGACUUUGUUGACUUUAACUCUAGAUUUGAAACAGGACCUGCAGAUACUGGUGUGAUGCCUGCAAUGGCAUUUUCACCACGGUACAUGAUGAGUCAUGGGGAUGAUCAAAUUAAAAAGAAAUUACAAGCUGAAGCUCAGAAGAUGGAGAAGAUUUCAUUACAACAUGUUCAAGAUUUGAUUCAUCAAGUAGAAGAGGUUUUAGGACUGUUAAAAGUUUUAUGUGAUCAUCCAUUCCAUCAUGUAGCUGCAGCAUUAUCUAAAGAUCAACAGAAUCAGCUAAGAACAAUGACAUUGAAGCAGAUGGUUGUAACUGGGAAAGAGAUGUGCACAUCACUGAUAACAAGUUUAAUCAACAUAUAUUUAAAUGACAAUGCUAGUAUAGAUUUGGUCAAUGCCAGACUUAGAGAAGUCUGUCCUACAUUGUAUAGCUCUGAUGAUGCUACUUGUUCCAAGGCCAAUGAAUUACUACAGGCAGCUAGAGUAAAUCAAAAUCAGACAGAAAAAAGAAAACAGCUGUUAGAAUCACUGAAGUUGUACAAAGAAGUCACCCAACCUCUACAGCUUCCAGGUGUAUGUAAUUCAUUUGCAACAGUACAUUUCUUUGAGGGGAUUGUUGACCUUUGUUUGACCUUGUCUACUAAACGAGACCCACAGCAGUUAGCGUUACAUUACUAUCGUAGUGGAGAACCACAAGAGGAUCUUCAAGGGAUGACAGCACAUUUGGCAAGAAUGGAAUGUUACAACUGUAUAACAGACACUCUUGGAUACCUGAUGUCUGCCAGUGUUUCCCAUCCUCAGGCACCAAGUAUACCUAAAGGUCCAGGACCCCCUCCAACACCAGAUCCAAGUAUACUAAAUGCAGCUGAUGCUGAAAAAUAUAAAUCAGAUGUUUUCACAUUGGCAUUACGGUCUAAAGAUGAACUGUUCCAUGUUGCUUUAUAUGAUUGGUUAUGCAAUGGUAACAUGACAGAAAAACUAUUAGAGGUGCAGUCUCCUUUCCUUGAAAGCUACCUGAAGAGAAAAGCAGGGUACCAGGGAGAAGCCGUACAAGCAUUGGAUAUGUUAUGGAAGUAUUAUGAGAAGCUAAGAAACUUUCCAGCGGCAGCAAAAAUAUUGUCAAAAUUAGCAGAAAGACAUGGAAAUGAUGUUCGUCUACAACAAAGAAUAGAAUAUUUGUCUCGUGCAAUUAUGUGUGCCAAAAGUUCUACCACUCAUAUCAGCUCAGCAGCAGAUGGUGAAUUUCUGCAUGAAUUGGAAGAAAAGAUGGAGGUUGCUAGGUUACAAUUACAAGUACAGAAAGCUUUGAGUAAACUUUCAUCUAGUAGAAUGGAAUGUCAGGAGGCAUUAAAUCGUCUGGAUUCAGACCUGCUUGAUUUGACAAUAUUGUAUGAAGACUUUGCAGACAAGUUUGAUUUAUCUGAAUGUAAAUUAGCAAUAGUCCACUGUGCAGGAUUGUAUGAUGUAGUUCUAGUCGAAAGUUUGUGGAAAGAUAUUAUUGAUAAAGAAAUAUUAAGUACUGGAUCAAUGGAUGGAAAUUCUAGAGUAAAAAAUCUGGACUUAAAACUAUCAGCUGUAGGGAAGCUGUACAUAAAAACAGAAAGAUAUUUCCCUUCAGCUUUCCUUAUAAAAUAUUUGGAACAAAGAAGUUGUGAACUGGGACUGAAUACAGAAUGGGUUUUUAAAUUGAUGUUAGAGACAGGACUAGCGCCACCUAGGGUGUUUGAAAUCUAUGACAGAUUAUUCAAGUCUAGGGAUCCAUUCUGGCUAUCAAUACAGAAACCUCUGAGAUUGCUGGAAGUUCUGUGUGAACUUUUAUGUCAUUUAGUGGCACAUCCAGCUCAAAUACCAGUGUAUGAAAGGAGACUAUUUACAACUGUGUGUCUUGAUUCAGUGGCAAGUUACUUGGUAGAACUACAGGCUAUGAGAAGUACAGAAUCACAUAUAAGACUGAUUAAUCAGUUUAAAAGACUUCAGUCAGAACUGGAGCGUUUGUGACAGCCAUAAAUCUGUAAUGACAUUAAAUGUAAAUUAUUUUAUAAAGUAUUGUGAAAAAUCAAUAUUUUGAAUUGAUUAAAUUGUCAGCCAUGUUUUUAUUAUGCAUAACAACAUUUUUAAGAAUAUUCCGAAGUAUAGUCUUAGUUUGAGUUGACUAUUGAGUUAUUCAACAUCUAUACCUUGAGUCAGCUAAAGAUCACAUUUAAUGAGCAUCCAUGUCUCAAGUCUGCUAAAAAUUACAUUUAGCGAGAAUUCAUUCCUUUAGUCUGCUAAAAAUCAUAUUCAGUGAGCAUCCAUACCUUUAGCAAGUUAAACAUUACAUUCAACAAGCACCCAUUCCUUGAGCAAGCUAAAGAUUACACGUGAUGAACAUCUUUACCUUGAGCAAGUUAAAAAUUACAUUCAAAUAUCAACAAUGCAAGGUUUUAUAAAAAUCUGUAUUCAUAUAACUUGGUGUAAUGAUGCAUCUAAGAGAGUAUAGCAACAUCUUACAAAAAGAAGGUGACUCAGCCCCUCAUUCUACAUUCAUAGUAAGUUUUACAUCCAAGUGUAGAUAUUAGAUACUAUAUAUCACCUACAAUCAUAUAGCUUAAUGAGUAUGCAUUCACUGGAGCAUAGCAGAUAGUCCUUUCUUACUUUAUUUUAUAACUUUGGUGAUUUGUAUUAUAAGUUGAAGUUCAUUUUCCAGAUACUAAGUGACCUUUUACACUGAACUUAAAUUUCACUGCGACAACUUGAUCAAUUAUGAUAAAGGUUUUUCAAGCCAAUUUGGGGUUUAGGCAAACUUUGUAAUUGAAGAUUACCUAUGUUUAUUUAUGUAAGUGAAUCAUUAUAAAAUUACUCCUAGCUCUGUUUACACUUGAUAUAAUUAUUGCCAUUUUUAUUAACUUACACUGAGUUAAUUCAAAAGAAUAUAUGUUUAUUUUAAUAUGAAAUAAGAAUGUACUGUGGUUACAAUAGAAUAUAUGGCAUACUUUGGCCUACAGUGGCAAUUAUAUCUUGAAUAUGCAUGAACUAUUUGUCACUUAAAAUGUUAAUAAAUCAUUGUCAAUUAAAUUCUAUGUUAACAUUUUACAGAGAAACCUUUAAAAUAUCUUCAUUUAAAAUGUUCAUUCAAAUAAAGAAAAAGAAAGGAACGAUUGUCUGAUUCUAUUAUUGUUAUACACAUCAGUAAGUCUAGAAUUAAACUUAACAGACAUUGUAUGCCCCCACCAAAAACUUUUAGGUCAUAAAGGUUUACCUGUGUCCUUCAAUAUGCAACAAUUUUUUACAAUCUUUGUGUAAAGGUGAUCUUGGAGUUUUUGUAUAUUGAUCAAGACCAAAUUGCAUUUUCACCAUGUUACACCUGUUUUUGACAGAAUUGUGUUACAUGAGCAUUAAUUUUGAGUAUGAAUCUAAAAACUGUCCACAAUUUUUGCCAUGUUUUCAUGAAAAAAGCAUCUAAUCUAGGUUGUUUUUCAUUCUGAAAAAAAGAAGUGUAUGGUUGUGUUAUCCUGUAUAUUCCAAAGAUGCUGUGUGAAAUUUGUACUGAUUUCUGUCUUGCCUGGGACAAAGUCGCGAAAAGCGAGACAUAGGGAUUGCUUUUCUGGCGAUGGCUGCGACAACAGCGGCAACAAUUGUUAAGUUUUCUGCUUAAGUUAGUUUGAUAGGAACUACUUGUGAUAGAUCAUUGAUAUUCAAUAUAAAGUUGCAUCACUACCAGUACAUAUCAGUUUGACGACUAUUUUGAGGCCCUGCCCCUAGGUCAUGGUCCAGCGACUUUGAAUUAACUAGCAAUUUUCAAUGUUAAGUUUUCUGCUUAAGUUAGUUUGAUAGGAACUACUGGUGAUAGAUCAAUGAUAUUUUGUAUGAAGUCACAUUACUAUCAGUACAUAUCAGUUUGACGACUAUUUGGAGGCCCUGCCACCCAGGACAUGGUCCAGUGACUUUGAAUUAUUAGCAAUUUACAAUGUUAAGUUUUCUGCUUAUGUUAGAUUGAUAGGAACUACUAACAAUAGACAACGGUAUUUUCUAUAAAGUUACAUUACUGUUUGUACACCUCAGUUUGUCAACCAUUUUGAGGCCCUGCCCACUAGAUCAUGGUCUAGCGACUUUGAAUUAAUAAGCAAUGUUGCUGUUCAUCAGAUUGUCUUUAUCUGAAUUUUAUGCCGACAGGCGAGACAUAUCUCUGUGUCAACAGUUUAUUUUAUUAAAAGAGGGCCAAAAUUUUACAGUAAUCAUUUCACCUUAUUGAUAAUUAUUGUACAUUGUAGAAAAUAUCUGAAAUAUGUUAAUCAUCACUAUUAUAUGAAAAUUCAAAUGAAUAUAUAUCUACUUUAUCAGCAUUUUUGAAAUUUUCCCAUUCUGUUUUUUUUUGUGAUCAUUUGUUGCAUUCUGAUAAAUAUUUCUUCAAUAGAGUCCAGUUAUUUAUUGGUAUUCUGUGUAUCUUUAUCUCUGCUCAGCUCUUCAUAAAAUUGCACAUGAUGGCUUUGUCAGGUAAAAAAUUUAAGCCUCCUUAACUUUGACCUGAUCUUAUCACUGACAUCAUAAUGUUUGACUUGCUGUGGGUUUUAUCCAGUUUUCUUCCAUUCUACUGGUAAAGCAAAGAAAAGGCUGUUUCAAUCUUGAAAAACAAAUAAAUACAAUCCAGUAAAAUCAUUAUCAGAUUUUUCUUAAAUUGAUAUUGUAAAAUAGCAGCUGCCCAACACCAUUUGAAGCUUUUUUAAGGUUGUAUCCUUAUCCUUUUAUUGUGACUUGACUUGCAGCUGAUAAUUUAUAUUAUCCCUUUUUUCCUAAAUUUGCCUUUAUCGGUAAUAUUUUUUGUAUGAUAAUUUUCCUUCUCCUUUUAUGUAGUGAAAGUAUUUUUAAAAUAAAUACAAAUGGGUCCAUGCAGGUUUACAUGAGUGUUCACAACAAAGAAAGAGUGUGUAGUUUCAAUAUUUUAUUAUCAUAACACAAAUAAAUAUACAAUCACUUAAUUCACACAUGAAUACAGAAUCAGAAUAAGUUACAAUACUCUAUUAUAAUUUGCCAAUCAAGCUAAAUUUAAAAAAAGGAAACGUCUUUCUAUAAAUAGGACAAUGUGUAUUUGAAAUACUUGAUGCAGGAUUUAACAUGCAAAAGUGUGAUGCAGUGCUUUUUACCAUCGCAGAAUUAUAAUAUUACUUCCAGCUUCCAAAUAGCUCUAUUAUCUUCUUAAUUUGAUUACCCAAUUUCGAAACACAUCUUCAAGGUCUUGAAACUAACAUCAACAAGACUUUGCCAGAAGUUGACAUCAAUAAUGGUAAAGCAAAAAUAUAUAUAUUGUACUUAUAUGUAAUAUAAGUACUGUUUAUACAAACAGCCUUUCCAGCUUACACUAAAUAAUUAAUGUGAUAAUAAAGAUGCUGUCAUUCUGGAUACAUUUAAUUAACAUACACAGACCACUUGUUAUAUCUUGAGGUUAAUUUCCCUGGCAUUUGACACUUUGAAGUUACAACUGGAAUCUCACUAGGAGGCCCUAUAAUCUUUUCUUAAUCAGAUACAUGUCAUAAUUAAUAACGGUUGGUGAGGAAAUGCAGAUAAUGAUACCAGAUCUUAUAAAAAUUAAUUACACAACAAUAAGUAUAUUAUCUGAAGGUCAGUGAGGUCAGUCUCCUCCCACUGUAUGAUUGAUGUACCCUAUCUCUGUGUAAGGCCAUAUGCAUGGUCUUUGUAUAAUCAGUUUCUUGGUUCAUAGCAGUCUUGACUAGUUGAUAUAGUUUUACAGUGCUAUUAUUUAAUUUACCGCCCACCAUCCACCUUCCUAACAACUUCAAUAAUAUUUCAUGACGAGGGAAACAUCUCAGCUUUUACUAGUGAUAUAUAUUUUAUUUUAUUAAUUUUGAUUCCUUGAUGGAAUUUUAUCACUGGUUAUUUCUAAAAUUUCAUUCAUCCCCAAGCAUUUCGGGGACAAAUUUUAUCAAAUUUAUUCCAGCGCCAGUUUGAUAUACCCCUGCUACUCUACUAGCACAUGGGCUAUCCCCAUGCAGACCUUGCACACCCCGGCUGCAGAUGAGACGCCUAGUCUCAUCACCUAAGUGGAGAACCCUCGCUUCACAUUCCCCGGCUGGCGUAUUGUCGGGCAGACAGGUUCUUCCUCACACUGGAGGUUGCAAGCUGACUUGCUCAGGCAGGAACUCAAAAUUGUCUUGUAUGCUGAGUGUUUCCCUAGGGCCAACACCAGAUUGAUUAAUUGUUUUUUAUAAUAAAAUUAUUAUUCAUUCUAAAA